AUGCAUCCAUCUGUCCAUAGACCCGGCCGGUCGACUAAGCUUUGUGGGCAACUUUUGUCGGUCCCUUUGCAACAAGGCGGCGCAAAUUGGCUGACAUACGUGGCCCGAACUCUCCUCCACCUCGACCCCAUCCUCGCCGCUCCACUUCAGCCCACCUACUUCGGACACACGUCACCCCCGAAUCCCGAUCGUCCCAAAUCGGCCUCGUGUCCGGCCCACCGAGCCUGCAUCAACCGAGCGCCACAUGCACGUGCUGCGCGGACUGUUCGAGUCCCCUCGGCCAGUCUCCGCUUGGCUCAAGGUGCCGAAGAAUAG